AUGAGUAUAUUAGAUAAUUGUAAGGAAAAAAAUAAUAAUGUUGGUAGUGUAUGUGAAAGCAGUAUUAAUGAUAUAAAGGAAUGUAAAAGUAUAAGUGAUAUUGUUAAUUAUAUUGUAACAUUAGGUGUAUGGGAAAUGUAUACUUAUGAAUGGAUAUUUAAUAGAAGAACAUUUUUAUAUUACAAUACUCUAUUAGGAAGUUAUUAUUUCUAUGAUAAAAAUAAUAAUUUGAUUUUAUUUAGCGAAAAUUCUUUUUUUUUUUAUGUAUACUCAUUUGAAAAUACUGAAUUUAUAUCCAAUCUAUUUUUUAAAAAAAAUGAAAAAAAAAAAGAAUUAAAACUAACUAGCUAUGCAAAAACAAUGCAAGGAAGGAGAAAAAAACAAGAAGAUAGAUAUAUUAUUGUAACUGACUUAACUAAAUAUAUUGAUUCAAAUGAUUAUAAAACAUUAUUUUUCUAUAAAAAAAAUCCUCUAUAUUUUUUUUCUAUAUUUGAUGGGCAUAGAGGAAUAAAAGCUUGUGAAUAUUGUAUGAAUAAUAUAAUCAAAAAUAUUAUUUAUUACUUUUAUAAUCAAGAUGUAAUCGAAGAAAAUAAUGCUCCAUUAUAUAAUUUAGGAUCCACAUGUAAUUCUCUAAAUAAUUCUAGAAUAGUUAAAUCUCAAAAUUCUACUAGUAAAAUUCAAGAAAAAGAAAAAAAUUUUAUUGAAAAUACAAAAAAAAAUGAUUUAAAUAUAGAUGAAAAAAAUAAAACUCUUGAAAUUGAUUGUAUAAAUAUAAAUCAUUUUGAUAAUUCAAUCUCUAGUGUUAAUGAAAAUAAUGUUACAAACAAAAAUGAAGAUAAAUAUGAGGAAAAAAAUUUAAAUAAAAAUAAAGAUGAAAAUUUAAUUAAAAAUGAAUGUUUAAGUAUAGAUGAAAGCAUAAAUAGAAAAAAAAGAAAAAUUGAAAGAGAAGUUAUAGAAAACAAGGAAAAUUGUAGUAUAUCCAAAGAAAACGAUAUAAUUAAUAAUGAUAAUAAUUCCAGUAAUAUAAAUGAAGGAAAAGAAAAUUUCAAAAAUUCAAUUACACAAAAUGAAGAUGAUAAAAAUUCAAAUACACAAAAUAAAUGUAAUAAUAAUAGUAAUAAAAAAUUAAAGAUUUUAGAUGAUAUGACUGAUGAAGAAAUAAUAGAAAAUAUAAAAUUAGCUUUUAUAAAAACAGAUGAGCAGUUCUUAAAGGUUUCAAAAUUCCCAAAUCAUGGUUGUACAAUUAUUUCUUUAAUAAUUUUAAAGAAUAAAAUGUUUAUAGCUAACUUAGGAGAUUGUAGAGCUAUUGGUGUCGUUAAUUUAAAUAACACUUUAAAAACAGAGAUUUUAUCAUAUGACCAUAAACCAAAUGAUCCAAAAGAAAAAGAACGAAUAAAAAAAAUGGGGGGAGAUGUUAUUUGCUUACAGAAUGUUUAUAGAGUUAAGGCAAAUACGAAAAAGGAUAAUAAUGAUAAACCAUGUUUAAUGGAAAGAUUAACUAUGAAAGAGGAAGUUUAUCUUGCAGUUUCAAGAGCUAUAGGAGACAAAGAUUUUAAAUAUAAUAAUGUCAUAUCAGCAAUGCCUGAUGUUAUGUGUAAAGAAAUAUAUAAGAAUGAUUUAAAUGAAAAAAGUGUAGACAUAGAAAAUAUAAAAAACACUGAACCAGAAGUUAAAAAUCAGGUAGAUGAAAAUUAUUUUAAAGAAAAUGAAAGUACAUAUUAUUCUUCAGAUGAACUGAAUUAUCAUUUUGUUGUUAUGGCUUGUGAUGGUGUGUGGGAUACAUUGUCUAAUAAGGAUAUUGCUCAAAUAUUGCAAACAUAUCAGCAUGAUCCAGAUAAGGCAUGUAGUGAGAUAAUUAAAACUGCAUAUGCAUAUGGAAGUCAAGAUAAUUUAACUGCUAUGUUGUUAAAAUUUUAUUGA